UAUUACCUUGUUUACCUCUAGUUCUAUAGUUAAUAAUGCUGGUAGUAUUACCUUGUUUACCUCUAGUUCUAUAGUUAAUAAUGCUGGUAGUAUUACCUUGUUUACCUCUAGUUCUAUAGUUAAUAAUGCUGGUGGUAUUACCUUGUUUACCUUUAGUUCUACAGUUAAUAAUGUCGGUUUUCUCAUCUUUUCCAGAUGUCUCCAAGUAAUCAACUGAUCUCGCCAAGACUACACACUCUAACCCUACCAGGAACUGAAGUUGUUGACACUGAUGACAGAAAUUGUUCUGGUGCUACACCUAGGUAUGCUCAAUCACGAAGCCAUGUCAAGCGAUAUGUUCUUCCUAGUGGCAAUACUGAAGAUAGCCAAGAGUGGAGAGGUCAGCCUGCAAUUAGACAGAGAAGGUCUGGGCUUCUAACAGUCAUAGAGAAACAACCAGUGACGCGGCGAGCAAGUGAUGGAUGUCCAGCAGUCAGUCCUCAUCGCUUGGAGCGACUUCAUAAUCAGUGUGGGGUUAGCAGCCAGUCGUCAUGUGAAGGUUUUCCCACAGUGAAAGCAUUACAACAGGAAUAUCAACAGCUACAGAGAAACACUGGACCAACAGAUAGCCAGUUACAAGCCGAGAUGCAAAGACGACAUUCGCUUCACAUCCAACAGAUGUCCUACCUCCACCCUCAUUUAGCCACCACUUCUACUUCUUCACCUCCUUCGAUCGCAGGUUCCCCCAUUCACCAGACGUCGUGUAGUGGCUCAAAUUCUCAAGCUUCUCUCUCGCAGCAUCUGCAACGACUUCAUCUUCAGCGUCGAGGCAGCCCUGUAGGAUUUGGAGGUCCUCAUUGUGCUAGCCCAUCACCCCCACCAUCUGUAGGAAACAGUGUGGAAACGGGUACAGAAAGGAUGUCUCCACCGUACUCUAGGAUUUGUGGUGUCUCGUCACCUCAGCAACAUACCGCGUCUCCUACCGGUCCUUAUCCCGACUCUCCUACUCACUUCUCGGCUAUCUACCCUCGCCUCCAAACUCUAGUUGGUCAGAAUCCCCGAAAUAAUUCUCCUCCUACUUUUCAGAAUCUAGGCAUGAUCCAGGAGGACUCCACAGAGCACACUCAUUCAGCAUUAUUGAGCUUAAACUCUUCAAAUGUGGAACCAUUUCAGACUAGUUCAACUCUUCCUGUCUACACUCAGAUAUUUCCCAAAAUAAGUAUUACAGAUGAAACGGGAGAAGUUCACCUUUCUCCUACAAGUUCUGAUACUUUUAAUAUUGCCAAAGCCCACUUACUGUCGGUUAAACAAACCAGGUCUCUCCCAACGACUCCACCACUUACUAAGUUUCAGGAAAAAGGCAGUAAUAUCAUGGAUUGUUGUAGUGCUGUUGCACUGGGAGAAUUCCAGUCAUCCUUUUCUGAGACUGAACUGAAUUCUGGGAACUGGCUAUUUGAAGCUGCAAGAAGCCAGGCUGAACAAGUAGAUUGUAAUUCCUCGAAAUCUUUACCGAGGUGGUCAACAAUUCAAACCACCAGAGAAUCUUUUAUCAGUACUGGACAUCUAAGAGAGAGUUUUCCACCUGCUGACUACAGUGCAUCAAAACUUCACCCUGGCAGUGACAACUCGGCACAGAGUAGCAUGGCUGCUCUUUCUUCUAGUCUCACAACUGGUUUUUCACCUUGUGACGUUGGUGCUUCGGAGCUUCAGAAAACUGCAAGUGGUAACAUCUGUGUGACAAUUGGGUCCAUCGAUGAUACUGUGUGCUGUACAGAACUUCUGGAACAAGUCCAGCAGAAACUAGGCUCAAAGGGUUUAUCUCUAGUAUUCCAACCCUCCGAAAGAGGUUUUGCAUUAGAACAUCCAGAUGGAGUACAAAUAGAACUUGAAAUUUAUAAUGGGUCAGGGCCGUCGGAGAGAGGACUGAAAAUGCGACGGAUAUCGGGAGACAGUUUGCAAUAUAAUCAAAUUUGUAACGAAUUCAUCGCAUGUAUGAACAUGUGAUGUCCUUAAUGUUUACCAGUUUGCCUUAAUUGAACUGCAUAUACUUACUCUUGGUGAUAACUACUAUGGCUCCUCAAAGUUAUUUCAGCUAGUCAGAUGAUCUUUUUUUUUUUGCGUGUUUUGGCCAAAAACUAUAAACUUUAUUAAAACUAAGUGCGAGUGUACAUGUUGUUCACACCCGCGACUUGAAUCAAACGAUAUUUUGAUUAAGAGCCGAGUUAUAGGUGAUGACAUUUGCUCAAGAUAUGUAGUUUAAUGUAUACAUAAGGAUUAUGUAAAGAUCUCCUUUCUAAAGCUUACAUUUAGAAUCUCCUGUAGGAGUUUGGUGAGUACUGUGGCUGUGCCUGCAUUUAAGUUGAUGGUAAGCUUAAUGUUUAAACACUGCUCAGGAAGCUGACCCAUGCCUCUAACUCUUCAUCCAGACACUUCAAUGAAUUGGACGAGCUAAUCCACUUGUAAUGGUAAUAUCAGUAUUUAGAAACAACUAGUUAACUGCUAAGUGAGGGCGAGUACGUUAACAAAAGUUUAAAACGAAUGUUUUAUUUCUAAGAUUCAAUAGAGUUGUCUUCUCUGUCUCUUUCCGUUCCAGCCAAUUAUAUUUAUUUAUCACGAUGAUGAAGAUCGAGGAUGUCGAAAGUUCUUUGGCUCCAAGUAGAGAUAACCUGUAAACUGAAUAGGUGAGUUUGUAAUGGUACAAUGUAACAAGCAUUUACAGUCAUACGUGACAAUAAUAUGAUUCAGUAUGCUAAAAUUGAAUGGGUCAAGUCACGGCCAGACAUUACAUUUCUGUUAUUUUAGUGCUCUUCAAAUAAGCUACACAAGUUCCAUAUAUAUUUAAGUUGAAUAUAUUUAUAUUUGUGUAUAUGAAAUGUUUCGUUCUUUAUACUGUUUUGUAAAAAUUAUUUUUUACUAAUACGUACAGGUAAUUUUUUACAGUUCUUGGUGGUACAGUUUCCCGAACACUCCUUACUGUGGUACGUUACAAUGAAAAGAAUAAAUUAGCGUCUAGUCCGAAAUCUUGAUCUUUUCUACGUUAACCCGACUAUAAGUAGAAGUAUCAAGGUGCUUCUGCUGUUCUUGGUAAUUACUUAAUUGACAUCUGAAGGAUUACUUGUUUCUUUAUGUAUAUCCAGCAGGUCGAGAUGAGUGCUUGUUUCUAAGAAACUGCUAUAGAAGUUAAAACUCUUAUUAUUCAAGAUAAUACGGAACAAUAAAUUAAUAUAUAGUUGAUCGUA